CUAAAGGCCCGGAACGAAGCUUUGCGCAUGCUCAGCAUCAGCCCGGCUGCUUAAUACACACACGCUUGUGGCCUAUCGCGGCGCCUGCGCGGUGGCAGCCUGCAGUUCGCCCUUAGGACAGACGCCUGUCGCACCUUGACUCCCGCUGUCCGCUCGAGCCGGUCAGUGCUCAGUGUCUUGUGUACAUCCUUGCAAGUGACGGCGCCAUGAGUAUGACUUCCAGCGUACGAGUCCACUCCAUGCUGGGAAUAGACAACUCUCCUCUGAGGCUGAGGCUAACCAGACUAUGCAGAACUCUCUCCUCUCCAAAAUUCUCUGGAACUGGGCUGAAUGGAUUGCAGCGGUUACCAUUGCUGCUGGGGCAGCUGCAGUUGGUUAUCUAGCUUACAAAAGAUUUUAUGUCAAAGAUCAUCGCAACAAAUGUAUGGUAAACCCUCACAUCCAGAAAGACAACCCCAAGGUAGUACAUGCUUUUGACAUGGAGGAUUUGGGAGAUAAAGCUGUGUACUGCCGUUGUUGGAGGUCCAAGAAGUUCCCACUCUGUGAUGGCUCUCACACAAAACACAAUGAAGAAACUGGAGACAACGUGGGACCUCUGAUCAUUAAGAAAAAAGCCACUUAAAUGGACACUUUUGAUGCUGCAGACCAACUUGUCAUGAUGUUUCCUGAUCGUUUAAUUAGAAUGAGUACCACUUGUGUCUAAUUCACCUCCCCUGGGUUCUAGAUGUGGUAUAUUGCAAACUACAGCUUUCAUAUUCAUGGCAUUUGCCUUACUUGUUGAACCAUUGUGGUGCACAUUUGUUGAAACAAACAAAAAAGGAAAAUCCAAUCUCAUGGACUGUGGGUUAUUUUGGUCUUGUAAGGAUCCGUUUCUUUACAUUUAAAAAUGACAUUACAAUAUAGUUGUAUGGCGAAGUUAACGUAUUAAAUUAUUCUCAAAAUCA